UGUCUCUUUUUCCCUGCUCUCUUUCCCACAUCCUCUCUUGUUCUCUCUGCAUCUUAUCCGACCCCUCCUCCUUCUUCUGCUUCCAUUCAGAUUAUUUACCCAUCUCCUCCUCACUUCCUCUGCUGUGUCUUUCUCCUCCCUCUCUUCUCCGUCUUCCUUGUCGCUGCUGCCUCACCCUCACAUCCCUCCCUUCCUAUCACACUCCCGCCCUCCUCCUCCUGCUCUUGGAGACCUUCAGAGCUGCCCAGCACACACUUGCACAUAGCAUAACACUCUGCUCUCCUGCGUGGGAAAACAUGUCAGCUAUUCUGGACCUGGACCAGAUUGCAUGCUCUGGGAAUGGAGUGGAGCAUGACAUUGAGACUCCCCAUGGCGUUCUCCAUGUGACGAUGAGAGGCGUUCCCAAGGGCAACAGACCCGUCAUCCUCACCUAUCACGACAUCGGCCUCAACCACAAGUCAUGCUUCAACACCCUGUUCAACUACGAGGACAUGCAGGAGAUCACGCAGCACUUUGCAGUGGUUCACGUGGACGCGCCCGGGCAGCAGGAGGGUGCCCCUCCCUUCCCCAGCGGUUAUCGCUACCCCACCAUGGAGGAGCUGGCUGAAAUGCUGCCCUCUGUGAUGACUCAGCUAAAGGUCAACAGCAUGAUCGGCAUCGGCGUGGGAGCAGGAGCCUACAUCCUCUCCCUCUUUGCACUGAACCACCCCAGCCUGGUGGAGGGUCUGGUUCUGAUCAAUGUGGACCCCUGUGCUGAGGGCUGGAUCGACUGGGCUGCUUCAAAGCUGUCUGGAUGGACCAGUGAUCUUGUGGAUAUCAUCAUGUCUCACCACUUCAGCGCCGAUGAGCUGUCCGACAACCUGGAGCUGAUCCAGACCUACCGCCUCCACAUCGCUCAAGACAUCAACCAGGACAACCUGGCCCUCUUCUGUGGCUCCUACCAAUACCGUCAGGACCUUGAUAUCGAGAGGCCAAUCGUGGGUCUGAACGAGGACACAGUUAAAACACUAAAAUGCCCUGCGUUGCUGGUGGUCGGUGACACGGCCCCUGCUGUGGAGGCUGUGGUGGAGUGUAAUUCCAGGUUAAAUCCAAUCAAGACUACACUGCUAAAGAUGGCUGAUUGUGGAGGCUUACCCCAAGUUGUGCAGCCAGGGAAACUUGCUGAGGCCUUCAAGUACUUUGUUCAGGGAAUGGGCUACAUUCCCUACGUUCUUCUCAGUCACCUGAGCAACGAAUCAGUGGCGACAGCAGGAAUGACUCGGCUGGCUCGCUCCCGCACCGCCUCCUCCUCCUCCAUCACCUCCAUGGACAGCAGUCGCAGCCGCAACAACCUCAACAGCCUGCUGGAGGGCAGCGCCACCGGGGGUCUGGACAACCAGGUCGGACCCCAGACCAUGGAGGUCUCCUGCUAAACCCAAACCCCCCCACCCUCCCUCCCCCUGCACAUUCCCAUAGUAACUUAUGUGCCCCUCUCUUUCUCUCUCCCCCUCUAUCUAUCUUUCUCUCACCCUGCUACUCAAACGCCAGCAGGAUCUGUAAUGUGAUUAGAAAAGGAUGUAAUAAAUAUAUUAACAGAUGCAUAUUAUUAAAUAUAUCAUAUUUAAUACACUGUCAACGUCACAUUCCUGUACCAGAUACCAUUAACCCCUUGUAUUUAUUUAUUUUCACGUUGUCUUUGUUUUAAAUGUCUUCACACACACUGUAGACAUCCUCCACGUGUUUUUUUAAAUGAUGCAGUUCUACACCCGGCUCUCUCCUGUGGUGAUCUCUAAACUCAUUGAUUCUGAGCCACUCUAUCUUUGUGUUUGAAUCCCAAACGUUCUGCAAUGUGAAUUAGUCACAACGUGCACAGAGGGAUCACUCGACCUGCUGUAGCUGCAGAAAUCAAGUGAAGGAGCAUUGCAGACUGUAGCGCACUUUCAUCAUAUCUAAACUCAAGCUUGUGGAGUGAGCUGCUUUUAAAAACAUUCCUGUAGUGUACCAGUGUUUCAGCAUCACUCCACCUAUUUUGUAUUCUUUUUGUCACGAAGCUCAUCUCCCUUUUUUCUUUCUUCUGUGUUUAUUUUUGUUUUGGUCAGUGAUUUUAACAAGUGGGUCAUGAUGUGAAAAGUAUUGAGUCCCUUCUCUGAGGGGCCAGUGGUGCUUCUCACUGUCUGCUGAUUCAACUCAUUUAUAUUACUACUGAAUAAAGCUUCAACAUGACA